AAACAACGAACCCACCCCCAAAAGCCAAAAUUGCAAGAGCGAAUAGAGCCUUCCAUCACAUUCAGGACAUUCAGCAGACACCCAUAGAGAAGGAAGAUGGAAGCACAAGGUGGGCAACAACAAUGGAUGAUGAGCGCACAGCCACAGCCGCAGUAUGCUUACGGAGCGCCACCGCCUCCGCCGCAACCCUACCACCAGCCCUCCUCUCACGAAGAAAUCCGUACCCUAUGGAUUGGUGAUUUACCCUACUGGGCUGACGAAUCCUACCUUCAUUCCUGGUUCGCCGCCACCAACGAGGUGCUUUCGAUAAAAGUAAUCCGUAACAAAGCAACAGGGCUUCCAGAAGGUUACGGAUUUGUGGAGUUCGCUUCACAUUCAACAGCAGAAAGGGUUCUACAAUCAUACAACGGAACACAAAUCCCAGGAACAGAAUUAAGUUUUAGGUUAAAUUGGGCAUCUUCAGGCAUCGGAGAACGACGCCCUGAUGCUGGCCCUGAACAUUCCAUCUUCGUAGGCGAUUUAGCACCAGAUGUUACCGAUCAUUUACUGCAAGAAACCUUUCGCACUCAAUAUCCAUCUGUAAGAGGCGCCAAAGUCGUCACAGAUCCCAACACAGGACGCUCAAAAGGAUACGGUUUUGUUAAAUUUGCAGACGAAAUGGAAAGAAAUCGUGCCAUGAGUGAAAUGAAUGGGAUUUAUUGCUCAACUAGACCAAUGAGAAUCAGCGCAGCAACACCAAAGAAGACCACAGCCUUCCAACAACAAUACGUAGCACCAAAAGGCUUAUAUCCAGCUACAGUGGCUGCUAUUCCUGUUGACACUGAUCCAACAAACACAACUGUUUAUAUCGGCAAUCUUGACCCUGGUGUUGCAGAGGAGGAAUUGAGGUCGAUUUUCUUGCAAUUUGGUGAAAUAGUUUAUGUCAAAAUUCCUACAGCUAAAGGAUGCGGGUUUGUUCAGUUUGUCAACAGAACAUCUGCUGAAGAAGCAAUUCAAAGGAUGCAUGGAAGUCAAAUUGGUCAAACUGUAGUCCACCUUUCUUGGGGAAAAAGCACAGCUGCUAAACAGGAUCCAUCUGGAAUGUGGGGUCAACAGGCGGAUCAAAGUCAAUGGGGGAGCGCGUAUUAUGGUUAUGGUCAAGGGUAUGAUGCUUAUGGUUAUGGAGCAACUCAAGAUCCAUCAUUGUAUGCUUAUGGUGCUGCAUAUGGUGGUUAUAUGCAGUAUCCUCAACAGGGUGAAGGUGGUCAGGACAUGGGUGUUGUGGGAGGUGUUGCACCACCUGUGGAACAAAGGGAGGAAAUUUAUGAUCCUUUGGCUACACCAGAUGUUGAAAAGUCAAAUUAUGUGUAUCUUGCUACACAUGGAAGUGCGAUUUUGGGGAGACCUUUGUGGCAGAAAACAUCGUCUUCUUCAUUACAAGCUUAGUUGUUAACAAUUAGAGACUUUGGAGAGUGUAGAUUUGAUCGAGCCAAAUUAAUCAAAUGAAGACUU